CAAAUACCUCUCCCUGCCUCAGUUUCCUCCUCCUCCUGCCUCGAUGUGGCCAUUCUCUCUCUCAAAUCUUCUUCAUAUUUAACCCCAAUCCCUCUCUCUGAAUUACACAAACCGUAUCAAGAACCGAAAGCCAUGAUCUUUACAUCAAAAACCCACCUUUCAGAGAAACUGGAACUAUUCCUCCCUGUUCUCAUCUUCUGCUGUUUGUCCGGUCGUGCAGCAUGCCAAUCGUCCAUAUACGAAGCCCUGAAAGCCAACGGGCUGCCCGCGGGCCUGUUCCCCAAGGGGGUGAAGAAUUUCACCCUCGAGAGCUCCGGCAAAUUCCAAGUCUAUUUGGACCAGGCUUGCAAUGCCAAAUUCGAAAACGAAAUUCACUACGACAGGAAUGUCUCCGGCAAUCUCACCUUCGGGUUGAUCGGCGGGCUGUCCGGGGUUUCCGCGCAGGAUUUGUUCUUGUGGUUCCCUGUUAAGGAGAUCCGGGUCGGGUUGCCCAGCUCCGGGUUGAUUUACUUCGAUGUUGGCGUGGUUUCCAAGAAGUUCUCUCUGUCUUCCUUUGAGACUCCCAGAGAUUGUGUUGCGGUUCAGGUUGCUGAUCUUGAUGAGGAAACUCCCCCAAAGAACAUAAACGGCGAGCUCCAGUACAAGCUUGAACACACUGAUAGUGGCAUUGCUGUAUCUUGAUAGUUCCAAUUUUGCAUUGUUUCUUCUUCACUUGUGUUCAAGAAAUUCAAAUCAUAUGCCGGUUCAAGUCUUCAAGAUGGCUACGGGGAGUGAAUGUGUUGUAUCAUGUAAAGAUAUAUUUAUAGAACAGCACGCACGCGAAGAGAUCGGUUGGUAAAUUUCAUUGUGCAGAAAAGCUGUGCUGUGCUGGAUUUUUGUUU